AUGGCGGAUUCAAUGAACCCUCCCCUCUCUUACGAGGCCUCUGCCUCAACUACCCAUCCGCAUGUUGGGAGCACCCUCCCAACGGAGGUGAUCUCGAGUCUCAAGAAUUCCCGAUUCCUUCAUCUUGCAACAUGUGAUGGCCUGACCCCGCACAUCUCGCUCAUGUCCUACACCUACCUUCCCUCGACUCCCUAUGACCCGUAUCCGACGAUUAUCAUGACCACCAACCCCUCCUCUCGCAAGACCAAUCACUUGCUAACCAACCCUCGUGUCUCCCUCCUGGUCCACGACUGGGUCUCACACCGUCCGCCUACCCGGGCUCUCAAUCCCGGUGGUCGCGAAGGGUCUCCUCCCCCUGCUGCGACACGGUCUUCAUUGGCAAGUCUGCUUCUGAACUUGAACACAAGUGCGCUGUCGAGUAUUUCCACCACCAUCACCGGUACUGCCCGCUUCCUGGAACCGGGCUCGGAUGAGGAGACGUGGUGCAAGAAGCAGCACUUGGAAAACAACACCUUUGAAGAAGAGUUGGGCACUUUUGGACAGCAGCAGCAGCAGCAGCAGCAACCCGGUCAAAGACGGGCCAGUGUCUCUAUUGACAGCGAUGUGCGCGUCGUGGUUGUUAGUGUGCGCGAGGGCCGCAUUGCAGACUGGAAGGGCGGCGUGAAGGAUUGGCAGCUGGUUUUGGACGGUGAAGAAUCGCAAGAGGCUUUGGUUAACGGCGUUCCGUCCGCAUAG